AUCACCAUGGAAGAGAAAACGAAGAGUGAAGAGCAACAGAACAAUAAAUUCAGGGACACAUGGGAUACCUGCAGAGAAGUGCCCAUCAUUGAGGAUGAGCAGAAGCCAAAGAAACUUGGGACGUGUUUAAAAUGGUUCUCGUGUGUCAUUGUUGGACUGCUUGUCUUUGUUCUUACUCUUCUCAGUAAAACAUCAUUUCUGCUUCUGAUAACAUUUGGGAACAAUCAAACUAGGAUUUCAGGUCCAGAAAUAAAACCAACCGCUCUACUUUGCAUUGGUCUUGUUCUGGUUGUGCCAAGUGUUCUCACUCUGCUUAAGAGCGUAUGGAAGUUCAUUUUCAAGAGUUCAUCUAUGCCCUCUAAAAAAACAGCUGUUUGUGUGCUGUGUGUAGAGUUCCUGAUAGCUUUGGGAGCUGCAGUCCUAACAAUAGUAGCCAUGCCACACUUUGACAUUGUCACUAAUGUGAUGAUCCUGAACAGUGUGAGCAUCCUGUCUGCAGUGUUCCAAGUGGUCGCUCAGCUUGCCAGCAAAGAAAGAAUUUUGACAAGAGAUGUAAUGCUGCCUAUAAUUUCCAUUGUCCUCAUUAUUGCUGGUUAUGUCCUUUUUGCAAUUAGUUAUCUGGUGUCAGAAGAAAGCACCUUUCUGAUUAAAAUAUCAGUCUACCUUGCCAUCAUAGGAACCAUCUUUGUUUCUAUGAACUGGUGGGAGAACUACAGCACAGUGUUUAAGGUGCCUUUUCUAGAAGACAUCUCCAAAGACAUGGCUCGAACCCGCAAUGUGGUCUGCAUUAUCUCCAGUUUGGUGAGAAUUGUGAUUACAUCAGCUGUGGUUGGAGCUUAUGUUCCGUUGUCUCAUCAAAGCUGGGAAUCAGUGAGACAUUUCUUCAGUACAGUUAUCAUUUCAUUGGUGGUUAUCCAGAUCACAUCCUCUGCCCUGUGCCGCUGGUUUGUGGUUGUGGCAUGUAAGAUGCAUUUCGUGUUCCGCAGCUUCGUCAUACCCAUGUACCUGGCAUCGGUCACAGUUUUGGCGGUGUUUUUGGUUCCAGCUUUUGUCGUACCCUUGGAUUUGCAAAAUUCGACCGUCUCUGAGACCGAUCAGACGUACACUGGCAUCUGCCUGCACUUGGUAAUGGUUGUUAAAAGAACUCUGUAUGCCCGCAACAUUUUUGUUAAUAUGAAGACAGAGGGACUGGCAUUUUGGGGCUGCAGUGCUAUAAGCUGGUGGCUGGGACUCAUACUCAGUACAAUUUACAUCUGCCGCCUGAAGGUCCAUCGAAUAGAAAGAACCCAAGAUUUGUUUGUGCGACCAAUGUAUGAAGGUGCAUUUCUGGAGCAGUCCUUGUUGCUGAACACCCGUUUCAAGAUUAGAAAGAAUGCCAAAGAGAAACAACCAGAAGAAACCAUCAGAGUAUAUCUAUGUGCAACAAUGUGGCAUGAGACGUACGAUGAAAUUAUGAAGAUAAUCAUCUCUAUGUUCAGGGUUGAUAAAUACAGGCCAAAGGAUAACAAAAACCGUGAUGUUGAAUUUGAAUUCCACAUUUAUUUUGAUGAUGCUUUCAAAGGUGGUAGUAAAGAGAGACAUGCAAAUGAAUAUGCUGAAAUCCUUGUGGAAGUAAUUAAGGAGGUUUACACCAUUUUCAGUGCAGAGGAUCAAUGUAUAUUUAAUCAGAAGACAUCCUGCCCUUCCCUGAAGAUCAUAAAAACUCCCUAUGGAGGUCGGCUUGAAUACACCCUCCCUAAAGGCAAUGUGUUGUUGGUUCACCUCAAAGACAAGGCGCUUAUACGUCAUAAAAAAAGGUGGUCUCAGAUAAUGUAUUUAUACUACAUUCUUGGCUGGAAACUUAACACACCAUACUUCAAGAAGUUUGACGAAAAAGAAGACGUGAAAUCCCUUAAGAAGAGAUUAAAGAAAGAGAGUGAGAACACAUACAUCUUGGCACUAGAUGGAGAUACUGAUUUCCAGCCAUCUGCAGUGAUGUUAUUAAUUGACAGACUUAAACUCUACCCAGAGGUUGGGGCUGUGUGCGGCAGGAUUCAUCCAACAGGCACAGGACCCACGGUGUGGUAUCAGAAGUUUGAAUAUGCUGUCGCCCACUGGCUGCAAAAGACUGCAGAGCAUGUGCUCGGCUGUGUACUGUGCAGCCCUGGAUGUUUUAGUCUUUUCAGAGGAGCCGCACUCAUUGACGACAACAUCAUGAAGAGAUACACAACCAAAGCCACUGAGGCCAGCCAAUAUGUCCAGUAUGACCAAGGUGAGGAUCGCUGGUUGUGCACUCUGUUACUGCAGCAGGGAUGGAGAGUGGAGUAUAAUGCAGCCUCUGAUGCUUACACAAACGCUCCACAGGACUUCAAAGAAUUCUACAACCAGCGCCGACGCUGGGGCCCUUCCACCAUGGCCAAUUCCAUUGACCUCUUGGGCUCAGGAGGACUGACUUCUCAGAGGAACACUUCCAUCUCAAAACUUUUCAUCUUGUACCAGAUUUUAAACAUGGCAGCUUCCAUCUUGGGCCCUGCCACUAUUUGUCUGAUGUUAGCAGGAUGCUUUGUAUUCAUCUUUAAUUUGGAUGUAAAUAUUGCACUUGUUUUGGCCACAGUCCCCCCUACUGUCUACCUGAUACUGUGCUUCAAACUGAGUGCUGAUAUGCAGAUUAAAAUCGCAGGAGUUAUGAGUGUGUUCUAUGCAUUUCUCAUGGCAGGAACAAUUCUCUCAAUCAUAGGUGAUUUAGUUAAACAGGGCACUUUUGUGACCCCUAGUGGUAUGUUCAUCAUUGGCAUGGUGCUAAUGUACAUCAUCACAGCAGCUCUACACCCUCAAGAGUUCUCACUGGUCAUCUAUGGAUUUGUUUACUUCCUUUGCAUUCCUAGCGGGUAUCUCCUAUUAAUCAUUUACUCCAUAGUCAACAUGAACAACGUCUCGUGGGGCACUCGGGAAACUGGAGGCCAAGCUAAGACUUCAGCAAUUAAUGCCAUCAAGAGCAAGGGCUUUUGUAUGAAUAUCAAGGGAUGUUAUAAAUGUCCAUGCUUGGGAUCUUACGAAGAAAUGAGAGAGGAGGUCCCUGAAACAGAAACCAUAAAAAUGACUGAAAAGAAGACAAAUGAUCAAAUUCCUUCAGAAAUAACAAGGUCACUACAGCGCCCAUCCAAAAAACCUUGGAAUGAAACACUGUGGAACAAAUCUAACGAUAACAAUAUCCCCAUGGAGGAGUCUACACUUUCUGAGGAUGAAAUUGAUUUCUGGCUAAAGCUGCAGGAAAAGUACCUAAAGCCUCUUGAAGAGAAUAAAGAACAACAGGAAAAAAUUGCUAAUGAUCUGAGAGACCUUAGAAAUAAGGUGACAUUUGUUUUUUUUUUCUUCAAUGCACUUUGGUUAGUGAUAACUUUCUUCCUUCAAACUAUUGGCAACUCAAUUUCCAUAAAGAUCCCAAAGGUCUAUCCCAAUGGGACUCAUUCCAAGACAGAAACGUUUUCCCUUGAUCCAAUUGCACUGAUGUUUCUACUGAGCUUUGCAGUAUUGCUGUUAUUGCAAUUUUUUGCAAUGCUUUACCACAGAAUCUACACAUUAAUACAUUUUGUGGCAUAUAAUGAUACAGAAACCAAAGCUCAAAGACAAAAGUCAUCUGAGGUUGCACGGAUGAAGUCAAAGCAGCAAGAGAUGGAUGAGUCAGACAGAGGAUUAUAUUUUCAAAACCCAACUACAGUACAGAGUGUAACUUUGGCAUAACGUCCAGUGACAGAACCUGUUUUCAAUUCUCAAUUAAGGUUGAUUGUAAUGUUGAUAUUAACAUACGGCCAGGGUUGGGAGGGUUACUUUUGAAAUGUAUUCCACUACAGAUUACAGAAUACAUGCUGUAAAAUGUCAUUUGUAACAUAUUCCAUUAGAUUACUCAAGGUCAGUAACAUAUUCUAAAUACUUUGGAUUACUUCUUCAGCACUGGUAGAUUUUUUCACUUGUUUUGACUAUAAAAACUCUGCCAGUACAGUAAGACAAAAUACACAUGUUAAAAAUACAUUCUCUGAAAAACCUAAAUAUCUUAUGCAGUGUUGUUUCUAAAACAAGAUAAAUCAAACUGAUCUUGUUUUAAGGAUUUUUAGAUAUUAUCAAAUCAAAUUAACAAAAAUUAUUAUCAAGACUAAGAUUUUUGCCCUAAUAUCAAAGAUCUUACUAGAUAAAAAGAAAUUAUUAUCCAACGUGAAUUUUCUUGAUACAAAAUAUGAUUGUGCCUGGUAACGUGCAUGUAAAAUGGCUAGAAAUAGCAUUUUAUCUUAGCGUAAAGCUGGCAGUUUACACAAGGUUUAUUUCUGUUUCUUCUGCUCCAAACUUACUUCAAACUUACUUCUCUGUCUGCUCAUAUGAAUGUAACACGUCAUAAGAAAGUGUUUCACCACUGUUCAAAUGCACUUUGGAUCACAUCAUUUAUAUGUAUACAUUUUUUCUUCUGAAAGGACUAAAUAUUAAAUGAAACAAAUGACAAUAAAAUUCAAAGUAAUCUCUUCAGUAAUCAAAAUACUUUUUGAAUGUAACUGUAUUCUAAAUACCAAUUAUUUAAAUUGUAACUGUAGUGGAAUACAGUUACUUAUAUUUUGUAUUUUAAAUACGUAAUCCCGAUACAUGUAUUCCGUUACUCCCCAACCCUGGAUUCAGCUAAAAGAAAGUUCUAAACACUUUUAAUGUUCAAACUUGAAUGGAAAAGAAAAGGGGGGAAAAUGGAAGUAUAAGUGUUUAAAUAAUCAUGUAGGUGUGAGUCCAAAUAGAAGUCACCACUCUUUUCUUCUGCAGAUUAGAAAAGCGUGAAAUUUAUUUAUUUAUUCAAUGCAAAAUAUUACUAUGAUCAUAAAUGUUUUUGUCUUAAAAUGUAUUUAUUUUGUUUGAGAUUGAAUAUGUUAUGUGUCUUGUGUAAAAGUUAAGUCCUGUUUCUCUGUUUGUUGUAUGUUAUGCGAAAUAAAUUGUCAAUAAAUAAAAUACUAUAAAAAAAUUAAA